GAAGUCGCAAGAUGGCUGAUGUCGCUUGGAAGUAUGUUCCCCUCCGCAACAUGAAGCCGUGAGUGUGGAAGAAAGCGAGGGAGGCACCAUCGGGCUUUUAUUUUUAUUUUCUUUUAGUUGUUUUUCUUUUAUUUCGUCAAACAUCCAUCUCAUUCCGCGUCGUGUCCGGCCCGGACUUGUCUUCGAGAGUUGACGCGUCAAAUCACGCCGGGGACCCUGCCAGCAGCUAACACCAGCUAGCCGCACAGUUAGCAAAUACUACAGCUAGCUAGUUUGUUUUUUAUAUUAUUAUUUUUUUCAGUUGAUAUUCCGACACCUCUGAGCUACCAAUUUACCACUACACGUGUGCUGAAAUUUGGCUGAGACAGUGCAAUAUCAGUAUCUAAUAUUUCAUCUUGUCAGAUAAAAAAAAAAAAAUAACGAUCUUGCUAGCUGUUCUAUUUAACAUCAUGUCCGCGAAGUGGCCAGCCAAUCUGUAGGUUGCUAACUAAUGCGCAGUAUUGCAUCUCAAUUGCACCCGUCAGUAGGAUUAUUAUUUUGUACACAUCGCUCAGUAACAUCCACCAGCUAGCUGCUGUCAUCGUUUUCAGUUGCCAACUACUUUACUUGUUUUAUUUUGGUCAAGCCAGUUACCUUAACGCCAAAUUAUGGGGGCAGGCGAUUUGGUAAACUUUUUCUAGCUGUAGCUAGCUGCACUGGCCUUGCUCAUUGGCACCUCACCAAAAAUCCACAGGGAUGGACAGUAAUUUGAACACUCACGACCAAAUUUGAAAGAUUGACAUUAGAUUUCCUGGAAUAAGUAGCUGUCACACACACUUGUAAGGCGGCGCAUGCUCGACCAAUUUGCCUGUUUUGGGUGACAGUUAAGUUGUUUUUGCAAGGAUAACUAGACUCCUACAGUCAAGUCACUACAUCAGAGACCAGUUAGCUUGCCGACAGUGCACAGCUAGCUACAGUCUCGCCCCACAUAACAUUACAAACACGGCGUACAGGACGUAUCCAGAGCCCGCUCCCGGCCAGACACACAGGCUCAACAACACCGUCAUGGGAGUUCAGGGUUUUCAAGAGUACCUAGAGAAGCGGUGUCCUGGGGCCGCAGUCCCGGUGGACCUCCUGAAGCUUGCCCGUACUGCGGGCCGCCAGCCCCCUCACCAUCAUCACCCACACCACCACCCACAUCACCCCGGGCCCAUGCCUCCCCCGCCCCCGCCUGCCAGGAUCCUCAUCGACGCUGACUCCGGCCUGCAGCGCCUCUACGGCGGCUACCAGACUGACUGGGUUUGCGGGGGCGAGUGGAACGCCAUGUUGGGCUACCUGGCGGCUCUUUCCCAAGCCUGUCUGUACCAGGGCGGCCUGGAGCUGGUCGUGGUUUUCAAUGGCACCCUGGGGAAGGAGCGCUGGCCCGAGUGGGCGCGGCGAGCUCAGGGCCAGCGUCAGACGGCGCAGCUCAUAGUCAACCACGUCGGCAGCAAGGCCACCCCGCCUCCCCGGGCAUGGUUCCUGCCCCCGGCCUGCCUCAGCCACUGCGUCCGCCUCGCCAUGUUCCGCUUCCGAGUGCGGGUUGUUCAGACUUUGGAGGACCACCACCAGGAGGUGCUGUCUCUCUAUAGGGACUUUGGCUUCGCUGGCCUGAUCGCUCAGGACUCCGAGUUUGCCCUCUGCAACGUACCUGCCUACUUCUCCUCGCACGCGCUCAAACUGAGCUGGAACGGCAAGAACCUGACCACACACCAGUACCUGCUGUCUGAGGCUGCCAGGCAGCUCGGGCUCAAGACACAGCACCUGCCCUGCUUCGCUGCUCUGCUGGGGAACCAUAUUCUGCCUGAUGAGGACCUGGCUGCCUUCCACUGGAGUCUGCUGGGACCAGAACACCCACUAGCUUCACUCAAGGUGCGAGCCCACCAGUUGGUGCUCCCACCCUGUGAGGUGGUGAUCAAGGCCGUCUCCGAGUAUGUCUCCUCCAUCAAAGACCUGGGAAACCUCGACGCCAUCGCCAGAGAUGUCUUCAAACAGUCACAGUCUCGUAUGGAGGACAAAGUGGAGCGUUUUAAAAAAGCUGUGGAGUAUUUCUCAGCUGCCUCCAAACCACGCCCGCUCAACAUGGGGCCCUCCCCUUUCUUUUCACCUGGGUUUGGACCCACUCCAUUCGGGGGACCACCUGGCCACAUGGGACCGAUGCAGCCUGGAAAGAAUCAGAACCCACCACCACCAAUGCAAGACUGCAACGAUUCGCUGACAGGCAAGAUGGGCUUCUCUGAUUGGUCAGCUCCGUAUGAUUCCACUCAGGGGGGAAGUCGAUUACCCAAUCACCACACUGGCACACAGUCGGGUCCCUCUCCCUCUCCUUCCUCAUCCUCUGAUGGAGAUGAACCCAAUGACAGCAACGCAAACCAUUUGACGGACAAGCCCUCCCGGUGGGAGGAUCCUGCUGGAAGGGGGGGCUCGGCCUCUGGAGACGGUUCCCAUGGCAAUGGGAGCGGGUCAAACAUUCCGUCACUGCUGUCUAUGGCGACGCGGAGUCACAUGGACAUAACAACGCCCCCUCUGCCUCAGGUCAGUGCUGAGGUUCUGCGAGUGGCCGAACACAGACACCGCAGAGGACUGAUGUACCCCCAGAUUUACCACAUAUUGACCAAGGGAGAGAUGAAGAUGCCAGUGUGUAUAGAGGAUGAGUGUAACUCUGAGCUGCCUCCCGCCUCGCUGCUGUUCCGUGCUGCCAGACAGUAUGCCUACGGCGUCCUCUUCAGCCUGGCCGAAACACACCGCCGCCUGGAGAGGCUCGCCCUGCGCAAGAGGGGACCCCUGGAGGUUCCUCCAGUUAUCGUCAAAGAGUGGAGUAGUGGAAAGGCCAAGUCAGCCCUGACCCCGGAGCUGGUUCCAGCCCUGUGUUUCCGGGAGUGGACCUGCCCCAACCUGCGGCGGCUGUGGUUGGGCCGGGCCAGCGAGGACCGCUCCAGGAGAACCAGGGCCUUCUUGGCCUGCCUGCGCUCCGACUGCCCCGCCCUGCUCAACCCAGCACAGGUCCCACAACAUCUGCUGCUCAUGUGCUGUGUGCUCAGGUAUAUGAUGCAGUGGCCUGGUGGUAGGAUCCUUCAGAGACAUGAGCUAGAUGCCUUCCUGGCCCAGGCUGUUUCCAACCAGCUCUAUGAACCAGACCAACUGCAGGAGCUCAAGGUGGAGAAGGUGGAUGCCCGCGGCGUACAGCUGGCUUCCCUCUUUAUGGCCGGCGUUGACACGGCGCUGUUUGUCAAUGAUGUGUGCGGCCAGCCGUUGCCAUGGGAACACUGCUGCCCCUGGGGCUUCUUUGACGGCAAACUGUUCCAGAGUAAACUGGCCCGGGCCGCCCGUGACAGGGCUGCCCUGUUGGACAUGUGCGAGGGUCAGGAGGAGCUGGUGUCCCGGGUGGAGAAGAUGCGGCAGGCGAUCCUCGAGGGCAUCAACCUGUCACGCCCACCACCUCCUCCUCCUCCUCUCCCGCCUCCAGCCUUCCUGCCUCCCACCAUGGUGCCCCCUUUCUACCCGAUGCCACCCCUCUACCCACCUCGACCCAUGGGCAACAUGCCCCCUCAUCAUCACCCGCAUCAUCCUCAUCACCCCGGCCAGCACAGGCCCAGAGCCUUCCCAGGUAUUCAGUCCAUUCCCCCUCAGGGAGGGAAACUGGAGAUAGCCGGCAUGGUUGUUGGCCAGUGGGCUGGGAACAAACCGGUCCGUGGGAGAGGGGGGUUCAACAUGCAGGUGGUGUCAGUGGGAGCAGGGAAAGGGAGGGGUAAAGAGAUUCCAGCAAAAAUAAGGGGAGGGAAAAAGGCACCCACCAACAGAACACAGACGUCAUCAUCCCCCCCAGCCAGCAGUCCCCCAAAGUCCUCAGAAGAGGCGGGCUCUACCCCAGAGGUCGCGACUCAGCAGGUGAAUGGCAGCUCAGCAGCCUCCGCCAUUGGUCAGCCCUUGGACCUGGCCCCCUUGGCCCAGCCAAUCCCGUGUGCCUUAGCCAGCAGAGACAACCAAUCAGAGGGGGUGGAAGUGGAGGCCCCCUGUUGCCUUGACGACUGCCCGUCAGACGGAGCGCUACAGAAGGAGGAGUGAUAGCAUCCUCUCAGGAUGCACUGCUCUGAGAGAGUGAUCUGUGUUCGACUGCCUUUCCCUGUUUUUGUAGCCCUGCCUGCUAGCUGCACGCCUCAUCACAUGGACCAGGAUGUGAAGGGGGGAGGGUCCUACCAUGAGCCUCUCCCCCUCCUCUGCUGCUCCGUGUGAUAGGCCAGAACAGUUAGCCGUUAACUCCCUUUUUAGUUUUCUCAUGUGGUUUUACAUUCUUUUAUGAAGAGAGGUUUUCUCCAUGAGUCUGAAAGCGCCCCCCACCCCCUGAAAUAAAAAAAAUCCCAAAUGCCUCCCUCCCUCACUCAGAGUCAAAAGAGCUUGAAGCUCCCUGCCCCCCCAUCCCCACCCCCAGUAUAGUCCACAUCUUAAAUCAACCCCCUCUUAAGUAUGGGUCUGCACGGUUUAAGUUUCUUAUUUUAUGUUUUUAAUGGUCCCACACUUUGAAUCUCUGCACACAGAUGUUCUAAGCUAGCGGUUAUGGUGACAGAUUGGAUGUGGUUUCCAUGGUUACAGCAUCUAGGCUUGUUCGCCAUGGUUGGUUGCUCGGUGUUAAUGUGUUUUGUUGCUAUAGCCAUCUCAUGUGAGAAGUGUCUUACAUGAGUUUAGAGCAGUGUUCAGAGUUUGACUCUGAUGUGUGGCGAAGGAAGAUUCAGGUGCUCUGAAAUGACAAAAGUGCUAUAUUUCUGCGCAGUUUCCCUGUCCCUCCAUACUGUGCAGGUUCGCCACACUGCUAAACACACAGACCGUUAGCAUACUUCAUGGCAACAAACCCCUAUAUAAAUUGGUUGGCUAUCUAUCUCUGGAGCACUUCUGCACCACCAUGGUAUUAGCGCGUUAACUUGCCCUGACCAAUGUAGCAUAGCCUAGUGCUUAGCUGUGCUAAGAGACCCCAUGAAUUUAUGCACCUUAAGCCCUAAAGUAUGCAAGGUCUUACCCCGCCCCUCCCCACCCCCCAAGAAAAGUGCAUUAUUAUAACUCCCCGACUUCCCUGCCCCUUCUCCAAAAGCUUUGAUUGUAUAAGCCAACAGAGAGCACUUAUUGUUGUAUUUAAAUGUAUUGAAUUAGAACAAACCCCUAUACAGUUGAAUUGACAGUCUGUGAGGGGUGUCCCCUGCGCCUGACUAAAUCAUUAUGACCUGUAGAACUACAUUUUAAGGUAGAGAUCUAUUUGAGAGACGUCAGAAUGUGAACAGAGUGGUUUCAGACAAAGAAAGCACUUUGUUUUAAAAAUGAAAACCCACACUGGACAGUCCUCUACCAGGUGAAAAAGAAAUGAAAAACUCUAAGGCACCUUCUUGAGUUAGGCCAAAAAAAAAAAAAGAGUAAUGCUGCCCAGUCAAAAGACGGAAGUGAAUGGUGAGGGUUUGGGUCCCUGCUGGAAGGCAGGGUCCCCUUCAGAUUUGCCUCACACAUUCAUACAAGAACUUUGCAAUCUGUCUGGAAUGACUCGCAAUUCUCCACCUUGUGAAGGAUUACCGGGAAUCAUUUCAGAUUUGAAUCAAGUAAUUCCCAAAGUGUAUUUAACAAGGCCAGCCGACGGAGCUGGCCAGAGAUAAGAAAGGGGUGUGGUGGCGAAGCCUCAAAGAUCCCCCUCUGGUGGUGAUUGAGUAACCGAUGUCACGGUGAUAGCCCAACGCCAAGAGCUCCUGCCCAGCAGAGCUCUGGUGUGUCACUUUAGACCAGCAGAAAGCACUUCCCUCCCUUUAGUGCCUCCGCCAGCGAAUGGAGAGGCUUCAGGGGUAGGAACACAUGUCACAUGACAGGGGAGAGGGAGGCCUCAUGGCGGCCUUAAGUGUUCCGCCUCCAAUCUGACACUUGCAAGAUUCUGAAAUAUUUUUUUUAUUAGAGCGCUUAUGUUUGUAGAGGAUGAGAUGUGUCGCCCAAAAGUAGGUUUCAUCUGGCAAAGAAAUACAAGUAUUUACUUCUUAUCAAUCGUUGGUAGCACAACUGCAAAUUUAUGAGCAGCCGACGGAUAGAUACUGCCUGAGAGAUGCUGGCCAUAAACAUUGUCUUUUCUAGAAAUUUAAUAUCUGAGAGAGGUUGAAAUGAGCUCAUGACUUAAAAAAAAAGAAAGGCAAGUCAACAAGAAGCACCUUAUUUUCUUACUAUGUUGAUGACUUAUGCUCUAUAUUGUGUGCCACAAAAUCGACAUGAAAAAAAGCUCUUAUGAAAUGCCGUUUUGAAGGAAAAAACCCUGACUAUAUGUAAGUGUUAAUGUAGUCGCGUCAGACAUCCCCUCCGUUACGAACUUCAACCAUUACAGUGAAACGCUGUCAGUUGACCCAGCGAUGAGCGUAGGCCUACGCUCAUCCCAGGGCUGGGCCUCGCCGCUGUCUCUUAAACCAACACCAAACGAAAUCAAAGGUAUGAAAUAAUUAGCUGUUAUUGGUAGGGAUUAAGCAUACGAUACAGAAUGCUAUAGGUGUUUUUAGGUUAAGAGUAGGUAACAGCGUCGGACUCUACACAGGACUGUAAUACACAGACACCAAGACUAGGCUAGAGAAUAUAGCACCACUGGCCGAAAUACUAAGUCUAGAAUUACUAGGAGUCAUAUACUUAACUGCUUUCAACUUUUGACAUUAGUACAAGUAUGUGUAUCGCAACAGUACAUUGUUAGAAGAUGGCUUUUUCUGCGGCGAGCCAGAGUGUGAUCUGGCUUAUGAUGCCCUCUCUUGAUUGGCUCGCCAGAUAACAGAAUUCUAAACACACACAUAAUACACACACACACGCACGCACACAUGACAUAUUACACAGAACGCACACAGAUCCGCAUACAAAAACGACAAGACACGUAUUCAGUUGCAUUUGUUACCAACAGCAUUCUCUCUGCUUUUGUGCUGAAGUGAUUUUGUGCAGUUUCAGUUCCCAGUGGAGUGGUUGUCGGUUCAUCAGAGAUCAUUUGGUAACACGUUCUACUGACUAUAUAAAAAAAAAAAAAAUAUCCCACAUUCAAGUUUUUUGCAUGGACAGAUAAAGAAUACAUUUUUAGAGGUGUCAGGUAGACACAGAAUCAUAAUCAUCUAUACACAGAACAGUACAUACACAAACACACGGAUACAUAGAUGUUAUACCCUGAGUUUCACACUAGCUAGUAUGGAGAAAAAAAAGUCAACACAAUACAUGAUGUAGUGUCCCUUCUUUUGUCCUUGUCUGUUUUAGUUUAUUAGAUAUUUGAUCAGUGAUUUUUAUGCUUGUUAUCCUAACCCCCUGCUCUAUGUCACUCUUUCUUCCCUCUCUCACCUCCUCUCCUCUUUACCUCACUGUUCUUUUACCUCUUUCUCUGCCCUCUUUAGCCCCUCUCCCUCAUAGAAACAUGCAUUCAACCACACACACACACAUACACACACAUACUCAGACUUGGUAGUCUAAUCCAUGCUCACUGAUUCAGUCACGUUUUACACACGGACACACUCAAGUACACUCAGAUUUCCACACAGAUAACCCUCCUGUCAACCCCCAGUAUUUCAGUUUCACUCUUAUCAUCCCCUCUCUUUUUCCUCUCCCUUAGCCCUAGGACCGUUUCUAUUGGCCGUUUUCUCUCUCUCUCUCUCUGGGCUGCCCCGCCCCUUAAUCUACCCAACUAACAGUAAAGGUUAUAUUAACGUUGAUAAUCAGUUUCUGUAUGUAUCUAGCCAGAGUCUGGAAAAAAAUGGAAAAAAAAUCAAAACUGUUUUAUUCAAUUGUGCAAAUGUGUUUUCUUACUAUUUUUAAUGUUAUUACGUCUUCUAAUCUAAUCCUUCUACCAUUGCUUCAGUUAGUACUGAAAUACGCUUAGCCAACCUAGAGAUUUGAACUGUAAUGAUUGCGAUUUUCCUUACCUGUAUUUUAUAUGGCAUCUUUAGACCACUUCACCGUUUUAUUAUGUACGUACGUAAAUAUUGCCCGUUGCGAAUUGAAAAUCGUCGUCUGCACUAUGUUGGAUUCUCAUGUUAUCCCUGAUAACAAUUUCAUGGUCGACUCAUUAUCAAUCGAAGCUGAACUCUGCGCCCUUGCACAAAGCAGCUAAACAUCUCAUCUGAACACCUGAGAACCAAAGUACACAUAGCAUCCCCCUCUACCCCUGUAACGCCCCGUUUUAGUCCCCUGACACUGAUGGUCUGCCCCCAAGUAACAAGUUUUCUGAUGAGUAUGAUUAUAUAUAUAUUGACAUUGCAGCACGUGUGAUUUAUCUGACAAGUUCUGUGAGGUUACAGUACAUGUAUUUUUACACUGUGGUUGUUGUGGAGACGCAGACAGACAAGGAAGCAAAGGAAGUGUGCGUGUGUGUUCGUGGACCGUGAGUGAACGAGCGAGUAGGCGAGAGGUGUGUGUGUGUGUGGCCAGGUGGGGUCACACAGUCACAAGGUGUUGGCGGUCAGUUGUGAAACGUGCCCGAGGUGGCGUUUUGGUUGAAGGCUUUGCGUAGGCGUCGUGGAAGAAUUCACCGCUCCUCUUGCUUUGGCACGCUCUCUUCUUUGUAGGAUCCCUCUAAUGACUGACUGACUCCAGGCUGUGUGAAGCACAGCGCACGCUGACAUCAGAUCUACAACUAACACACAGGAAGGAAUGACACCUGGCAAACAUGCUUGCAAUCAUGCCGGGGUUUUGGCCACCCCUUUCUUUUGUAUUCCUCUUCGUGUGUCUGUUGUCUUCUCUCCUUACACUUGCCUUUACAAGACUCAGAGAGACAGUGCACCAUGUUGCUCUGCUAAGUCUGUUUACUAUGUGGGCGUGUAGGCUGUUGAUAGUGAGAACAGAGUGGCUGAAUUUUCCCUGAGACACAAAUCUGAGAUUGGUUUACCUUCUACCAGUCCUCACACAAAAGGUGGAUUGCAAGCAAGAAAUACUGAGCCUUUAAGCAAUGCAUUGUCAUCCAUUAGGAACAGUGAAAAAGAUGUACUGCCAAGGUUUUGCCAACAAACUGUAAUCCUGUUUUGUGCAAGUGCACUAUCUUACUAGCUUUCCUUUGUCAAACAUAGGAAUUUUUUUUUCCUGCUACAUCUACCUCCAAGCAGAGGCGAAGGUAUAUCAGAUUUUAGCUCAGAGUGUCACAGGGAAAAUUCACCCUCUUGAUGACAGCAAUGAAAUCAUUCGUGUCCAGCGGAUAAGAAUGCACUGCCUCUCUGUCUGCCUGAAGGAGAGCAUCUCUGAAAGAGCUCAACAAUGUUGAGAGAACCAAAAUGUCCCAGGAUAGAUAUGUAUUAUGUUGUAUUUUUAGAAGACAUUAAAAAUAUUAAUGUUUGUCAUACAGAAUGUGGAAUGGAAAUCGUCAGAUGUGUGUUGUGACUGUCCUGAUCUAUCUGCAGCGUUCUCACAGCGUUGGUUGUGUCCAAUUUGAAUAAGCUCCCUACUCUGUCUGUCUCUCUCUACACUGCCACCCCCUCCCCCCUCUCAACAGCCCCCCAAGCUCCAGUAUAACCACCCCCCCCCACCCCACCCCACACCCCCUUGCCUGGCUGUCCCCCACCACGGGGCUCAAGUUGAUCAUUGUGAGCCAUUUGUUGUCAUGUUGGUCCAUCACGCCUUCAACAACAUGUGUACUGAUGCAUGUACUUCAAUACCCAGGGCCACCCAAAACUUCCUGUGCAGCGAAAAGGGUUAAUUUUUUUUUUUUUUUUUUAUCCAUGUUAUUAUUAUAGAAUUAUUAUCAUCAUCAUUAUUGCUGUUAUGAUUAUGGUUGGUAUAAUUUGUCAUCAUUGUUAGCAUUAUGGAAGCACCAGACUGUUUGUGGAAAGACAAGAGGAAGGAAGCUUUUCUUUUUUUUUUCUUUUUUUUUUUCUUUUUUUUAAAUUCGUCUGGCUGUUGGUGGUCUGAUCUCACAGAGGGAGGGGAGGAAUAGUUCAGAAAGAGACAAAGAUGGCAGUCAUGUUUGUACCGGUUGGGAAAUGACUUACAGUGCUGAAAUAAAAUUUAUUCUUUUAGUAAAAAAAGGA